AUGGCCGCAAGAGUGGUGGCACCACCAGAACAACAACAUGAACGAAGGGAAAUAAAUGAAGGGGAUUUGCCAGUAUCAAUGUUCCUGACACCUAUAGCAGCACUCAUGCGCUCCAGUAUCGUGUAUCCAGAUUUUGGGGUGAAUAACUUUCAGAUCAGGCCAGAUUGGAUUAACUUGAUGAGCAACACCCUGCAAUUCUACGGGCUACCUCAAGAGAAUCCAAACACUCAUAUCUCCAGAUUUCUCAGAAAUUGUCAGAACUUCCAUGCUCUGGGGGUCAAUGAAGAUGCAAUUAAAUUACGACUAUUUCCAUUUACAUUGAGAGAUGCUGCAUUGGAGUGGUUAGAUGCGGAGCCAAAAGAUGGAGAAAGCUAUCACGAGACAUGGAAUAGAUUUAAUGAGCUGAUGAGAAAAUGUCCAAACCAUGGAAUCACUCAAGGAAAUCAAGUGCAGUACUUCUACACUGGACUCACACCACUGUCAAAAUCCCAAGUCGAUGCCUCAGCUGGAGGAUCAAUUCUAGGGAAAUCUGUGCAGCAAACCAUGGAACUGUUUGAGUUGAUUGCCACUACACAUUCAAUGUUCUCGUCGGAAAGAAUGGGGCCACUGAAGACAGGAGGAAUGUAUGAAUUAGACAGGACAACAUCUACCAAUGCACAGAUAGCAGCUUUAACAAAACAGGUAGAGUUACUUGUAAAAUUGCAAACACAUGGAGCAAAUACAAUGAUGGCCAGUUCAGUAUGUGAGAAUUGUGGGAGAAGUCACCCUAUAGAGAGAUGCAUGAUGCUCACGUCGUCAGAAGAACAACAAGAGAGAAGACCAAGUUUGGGGGAGAUAUUUCAACAAUAUGUGCAGAAGACAGACAAGGUGUUCCAACAAAUAGACACGAACUUUCAAAAUCAACAGGCAUCCAUUAAGAAACUGGAGAUACAAAUUGGUCAGAUAGCACAACAACUUGUAGAACGUCCACAAGGCACAUUGCCAAGCAAUACAAUGAUAAAUCCUAAGGAACAGUUGAUGGCAAUUGAAAUAGUGGAGAACGAUCCACCCAGGGCCUCCGUAAAAGUUAAAGCAUAUGUACCUCCACUUCCGUUUCCCCAAAGACUUCGAAAGAAGUCGAUGGAGAAAAAUAUUCAUGUCAUAAAUACAAAGAGCGAGGUACAAUCACCAGAGACCACUACAGAGAGACCCGAAAGAAAAGAUGACCAAGAAGUGAUUGAUGAAGCUACAAGGGUAGAAAAAUCUGCACCAAAUGCAACUGAAAAUAGAGAAGGUACAGAAACAUCAGUUGCCAAAGCACCAAGUCUAGACAAAGCUUACAUGCCUCCCAUUCCCUUUCCUCAAAAGCUCAAGAAGAACAAACAAGACACAAACUAUGAAAAAUUUCUCGAUGUUCUCAAGAAGCUCCAGAUCAAUGUUCCGUUCAUAGAUGCGAUACUACAAAUUCCAAGCUAUAAGAAAUUUUUGAGAGAGAUGUUGACAAAGAAAAGAAAGCUUCCGGAGUUUGAAACUGUGGCAUUAACUGAGGAAAGUAGUGUAAGAGUCCAGAGAAAAUUGCCUCCUAAAUUGAAGGAUCAAUGGAGUUUUACUUUACCAGUUUUAAUUGGAAAUUCCUAUUCAACUAAUGCAUUGUAUGACACUGGUGCUAGUAUCAAUCUAAUGUCGUAUUCUACUUACAGGAAAUUGGGACUAGGUGAAGUCAACUCAACAUCAAUAACGCUACAACUCGCUGAUAGAACAAUCACAAGGCCACGUGGCAAAGUUGAGGAUAAGAUCGAGACAUUCUAA